GCCUAAUUUCAAAACCCCUGUGCAAGACCUAUGGCAAGGUCUCCCAGAAGCCCAGUGGGUAGGGAGGAAGAGGGGGAAAGCGAGAGGAAAAAGAAAUGGCAGAGAAGGAGGAGGGAGGGGCUGCCCUACUCACUUUCAGCAGGACAAAAAUUCAGCAGCACCCGCCUGCGCAGGUUCCCUAGCGAUCGAAGGACAUAGGAUGCGGCCUCUGACGCCAGAAGCAUCAGGACGAGCGACCAUGGAUAGUCUCCUCCAUGAGAUCGCGUGCUUCACUCCAGCAUAGACUGGGGAACCUGUGUUAUUGGAUUCUCACUCCCAUCACUUGUGACUAUUGGCCUCGUUGGCUGGGGCUAAUGGGAGCUGAAGCCCAUUAACACGAGGGUCGUAGUUUCCUUCUUGUGGUCUAUGAGUUUGUUGGAGUGGGGGAUGAGAGUCCUGUAUUUCCGUUCCCAUUCCUUCUUGGAAUCACUCACCAACCUGCCUUGUGCCUUUCAGUUCCCAAAUGGCUGCAUUUAUGACCCCUGCAAACAAGAACCCACAUUCCCUUCCUGUCUUGCAGAAUCUGAUUGCUCUCCAGAGGCCUGCAUGAACUGGCUAGAGAUGCCAGAGACCGGGUAUGAAGCCCUUGAGGUGAGCCACCUGGCCCAGCUGCAGAACGUCCAAGUCUCCUACCUGCCCGGAUCUUACCCCCAGCUCUCUCUGGGCAACGCCUAUAGUCAAGAUGGAAUGAUCCCAGUCCAGAACAUGGAAGAAUACAACACACAGAUCUACCUCCCAUGCGGUCAGUACCCCAUAUCCAGAACAGUCUCCAGCCCGUCAUCAGAAGAAGAGGAAUUCAGCAGUGACAGCCGGAACCUGGAAGUGUCUUCUGACAGUGAUUUGGAUGAGAAUCUCUCGUCUGGAUUUGACCCAGGCUCCCGCCGGAAGUUGCGCCUCUACCAGUUCUUGCUGGAGCUGCUGGAGCGGGGAGACAUGAAGGAGUGUGUGUGGUGGGUGCAACGUGAAGCAGGCAUCUUCCAGUUUUCCUCCAAGCAGAAGGAGGUCCUGGCCCACCGCUGGGGCCAGCAGAAGGGCAACCGCAAGAAAAUGACCUACCAGAAGAUGGCCAGGGCUCUGCGCAACUACAGCAAAACGGGGGAGAUCCGCAAGGUGAAGAAGAAGCUCACCUACCAGUUUGGGACCUCGCUGCUGAGCCAGUCGGCUGCCUCCUAAGCGCCCCGCCCUCCAAGCAGGCCGGGGGGCUGGGCCAGUCGCUAACAAACAGACCUCCGUCCUCAGCUUCCCCCCACCAAGAACCCCAUUCAGGUUUCCACUAGCUGAACCGCAAGAAAGCAAAGGCUCUGAGGAGAGGAAAGGUUGCAAGGGAAGGGCCAGGCAGGUGUUGGCAGGUGUGAAGAGCCUUUGUCAGGGAGUGGGGUUGCACUUUAGUGGGGGGGUUCGGGUACCAAGAUGAUUGGAUUUUGGUUUUGGGGUGGGGUAAUAUGACACAACAGGGAAGGCUGCAAGGCCUUCCAUGUCCCUGGGAGAGGACUAGGCUCCCUUGGGUUGAUGGGAGCAAGAACUCUACUAGCCUACUAAGAGGGUGUGCAUGUUUUUCGCAACGGCAGUGAAAACAGCUGGGCGGCAGGGGGAGGGGGCUGAUCAUGGUGGUGUGAGGCUUUCCGUGGAGAGCGCCAGUUCAGUGCAGGGCAGCAGCUGGAGUGCCGAACUGGGGCUCAGAAGAUCGGGGUUCUCGUCCCCACUUAGUUCACCGGUGGUUCUGCGCCUAUCGCUGACUCUCGGCCUAGCCUACCUCACCGUGGUGAGGAUAAAGUGAAGAGAUGAAUUAUGUAAGUUACCUUGCAGGAAAAAGGCAGAAUAGGAAUCUCAUAAAAAUAAGGAAUAAAUGGGAAAAAGGCACCAUGUGGCUCCCAGGGAAAUUGCUGGGUCCAGGCCCAUGGGACUGCGUCCCAGAAGCAAUUUCCUGGGGCCAGUGAUCUAUUCCCCAGAGCCUGGAGUGUCUGUUUGUGCCACUGGAAGGUGUGUUUUUUUCUGAAAUACUUCUCAUCCAGGGGGCAGUUUUCAAAGGCGAUUGCAGCUGGGAAGGGAAGGGAAGGGAAGAAUUAUCUUUCCCUUUUCCCCAUGCUGUAGCACCUAUAUGUGUAUCUAUAUGUAUAUUGCCUUUGCAUAGCAAUUAACUUUAGAGAAAAAAACUUUUCCCCAUUUGUUGGAGAUAACCUGGGUCAUGGUGCAAAUUAAACUGAAUAAUUUAUAUUGAUGGAGAUUAUCUAAAUGAGAACUCAAUGGGAUGGCUUUACCUCCUAUAAAAUUUAAAUAAACUCUAGUAAUAAUUUCUGAAUUUGCAUUGUGUCGCGCUUAUGUUGUGUCCUCUGGGCUUGGGUCUUCAAUUUUUAAGUGCUUACAAAUGGCUCUGGUGGCGACCUUUGGAUGGUUGUGCAGGUCACUCCGUGAGAUGAUGGGAGCCACAGUUGUGGCAUUAACUUCGGGGGGUGGGAGGAUGAUGCCUUCGCAGAUGCAGCAAGGCCAAAUUUGGGGACAGAGGGUUUGUCCAUGCCCCUGGUUCUUUCUGUCCUCCCCACCUCAGGUAGAAAUUCCAAGCCUUAAAGAGGAAAAAGCAUUGUGACGAUGGAUGGGAAGGGGUGAUAUUCCAGAAGGGGGAUAAGAUAACCUCAGCUCAGUGGGACAAAGGGAUACCAAACUUCUGCUCAACAGUUGUAUGUAUAUAUGUACUUGAAAGAUGUUUAUUUAAUAACUGAUUUGUGUGUGUGUGUGUUUAAAAAUCUCCACAAGUGGUGGGGGGAUUUUUUUUUUUGGGGGGUACAGAACUGGAUUAUUUUAAAUGGCUCUUACCUGUAUAAAUGGUGAGAUUUGCUAAUAAAGGUUUAUGACAAUAGAGAA